GUCUUGAUCGAGAUAUUGGUUCCGCCACCUUAACUGAUAUCAAUAUCCCCCAAACGCCUGUAAAUCCAAUCUUCAACUUAUUACCAUCUUCUAAAAUCUACUGAAUAAUAAUCUAACAACUACCACAAUGGCAAGACUAUCCCACGUUGGCAACCCAUCGGUGUACGAAGCGGGCGACCAGAGAGGUCCGCGAACAGAAGCUGAGCAGCGUCAGCAUGACAUCGAAGUAAUGAAGGAUACUGGGCACACAAGCAAGAAGGCCGCAGAGCACGAGCAUAGGACGUCGCAGCAGAGAAGGGAAUUUCCUCAUAAGAGAGAGGAAGAGAAGGAGACGGAGAUGUUGAAGAUAGAUCCAACGCUGCCGGCUCAAAUGCACAGCAAUGAACCCAGCCGAGGCGCCAAGAUUGAUAAAGUGCUGAAGAAUGAAGAUGAGGCAGAGAUCAGACAGAAAGAUGAGGCAGUAGCUUUUUAA